GACAUUGCGUGUAACACACCGGGGUUACAUGUUUACCCUAAACAUGUCCGCUUGUUUGCCUUCCUCUUCUGAUAAAUGACAGCAGCUUUUAUCUUGGAGAUAAACGACAAAGUAUGUUUUUAUCAAGUAAAUUAAGCUUAUUGAUCAAGUUGUUCCUUCUACUUUAGUUUCUUCUGACUAGACGAGCUGGACUGUGGACACUUGCAGGUUGUCCUCCAGCUGAGUCCUUGGCCGCCAUGUGGCUUCCUCUGGCCCUGCGACAGUCCCUUUGUCGGCGCGUGGCUUCUUCCGCACUCCCACCACCGACAUGCCUGAGGACCCUUCACCGCAACGCCAGAAGGCCGCUCCACUUCCUGUGGCGGAAGCUCCCGGCGCGCCUAAACACUCACAGCCGUGGAGUGAAGAGCCGUAAGAGGCCGAGCCAGGAGGAGCAGUGGAAGACCGGGAACAAGACGGUGCUCACGUACGUGGCCGCCGCCGGCGUGGGCAUGGUUGGCCUGGCGUACGCCGCAGUGCCGCUCUACAGGCUCUACUGCCAGGCGACAGGACUGGGCGGCGUGGCGGUGGCGGGCCACAACACGGACCUGGUGGAGACGAUGGAGCCGGUGAAGGAGCGCGUCAUCAAAGUGCACUUCAACGCCGACACGCACGCCAGCAUCCAGUGGAACUUCCGGCCGCAGCAGGCGGAGAUCUUAGUGGUCCCGGGUGAGACGGCCCUGGCCUUCUACCGAGCUAAGAACCCCACGGACAAACCCAUCAUUGGCAUCUCCACCUACAACGUGGUGCCCUUUGAUGCAGGACAGUACUUCAACAAGAUCCAGUGUUUCUGCUUCGAAGAGCAGCGUCUGAACCCUCACGAGGAGGUGGACAUGCCCGUCUUCUUCUACAUCGACCCGGAGUUUGACAUGGACCCCAAGAUGGCGCGGGUGGACACCAUCACGCUGUCCUACACUUUCUUUGAGGCCAAGCAGGGUCAGACGCUGCCUCUGCCCGGGUACAACAGCUACAACUGACACAACAUCACUACUUCCUGCAGGACUAUUUCUUGAA